UUGUUGAAGAUUUGUGCUGUUAUACAUAAAGAAGCAUCAUUGUGGGGUUACAGACAGAAAUCCCUGGACUGCUUUCCCCUUUUCCCCUUUUGGCUACCAUUCCAUUUUUCUCCCCUACGCUGGAAUGGACGAGACUAGCCCACUAGUGUCCCCUUUACGGGAUUCAACUGAUUUUAGCUAUUGUCCCACUGAGCCUACGAGUCCCCGAGGCGGAUUUGGAGGAACACCGGGCUCAGUCGUCCGCAUUCCGGCAGGGAGUCCUGGAAGAAGCCGUGAACGGCAGCCACUUUUGGAUCGAGACCGAGGAGGGUCUCCACGGGAUCCACACAGCAAUGAAUUCCCCGAAGAUCCAGAGUUUCGGGAGAUUAUUAGGAAAGCAGAGCGUGCUAUCGAGGAGGGAAUCUACCCGGAGCGCAUCUAUCAAGGAUCUAGUGGAAGUUACUUCGUAAAAGAUUCGCAUGGGAAAAUCAUUGGUGUGUUCAAGCCUAAGAAUGAGGAACCUUACGGCCAGCUGAACCCCAAAUGGACCAAGUGGCUGCAGAAGCUCUGUUGUCCGUGCUGCUUCGGCCGAGACUGCCUGGUGCUCAACCAGGGCUACCUCUCAGAGGCCGGAGCCAGUCUGGUGGACCAGAAGCUGGAGCUCAACAUCGUGCCACGGACCAAAGUUGUCUACUUGGCAAGUGAAACAUUCAAUUAUAAUGCCAUAGACAGAGUGAAGUCUCGAGGAAAGCGCCUGGCUCUGGAGAAAGUUCCCAAAGUGGGACAGCGCUUCCACCGCAUUGGCUUGCCUCCAAAGGUUGGCUCUUUCCAGCUCUUCGUGGAUGGAUAUAAGGAUGCCGAUUUCUGGUUGCGGCGCUUUGAGGCUGAGCCUCUGCCAGAGAACACCAACCGUCAGCUGCAGCUUCAGUUUGAGCGACUGGUGGUUCUCGAUUACAUCAUCAGGAACACUGAUAGAGGAAAUGACAACUGGCUGAUUAAAUAUGAUUGUCCCAUGGACACCUCAGGCAACCGGGACACUGAUUGGGUUGUCGUGAAGGAUCCGAUUAUUAAGUUGGCGGCCAUAGACAAUGGCCUCGCUUUCCCUUUGAAACAUCCGGACUCCUGGAGAGCUUAUCCAUUUUACUGGGCAUGGUUGGCUCAGGCUAAAGUGCCCUUCUCUCAAGAAAUUAGAGACCUCGUUCUGCCUAAACUGUCUGACCCAAACUUCAUCAAGGACUUGGAAGAGGAUCUAUAUGAGCUAUUUAAGAAAGAUCCUGGUUUUGACCGAGGACAGUUCCAUAAGCAAGUAUCUGUUAUGAGAGGCCAGAUUCUGAACCUGAGCCAGGCGCUGAAGGACGCCAAGACUCCUCUGCAGCUGGUCCAGAUGCCCCCGGUGAUCGUGGAGACGGCCCGCGCCCCGCAGCGCGCCAACAGCGAGUCCUACACACAGAGUUUCCAGAGCAGGCGGCCGUUCUUCACCUGGUGGUGAGGUGCGUAUGGUGAGUGUGGGCCAGGAAGCGGGCCAGCACCAUAUACCUCUGCUAGCACCUUCUCUUGUGACGCGAGGGAGGACUGGAGAGAGUGGACAGCUUAAGUGAUGGCGCAAGAGGCGGGUGGAGAGAGGGGGAGGAAGAGAAAUGGAGUGAGAGAAAGGUGGCCUGUUUCUGUCUCUCGCUUUUCUUCUGUUUCUUCCUUUUUUGUUGUCUGUCCAUCCUGCUGUAAAGGAAGUUUGCCUUGAAAAAAAAAAAAAAGAUUACUUUAACCGUCAAGACUGUCAGUCAUCUUUGGACUAAUCCAUACUAAACCUCCAGAGACUGGCAUCUGGAGAAACGUAACAGUGAAGGACGUCGAUUCUUGUUGUUCUCGGACGAGGUGAAAUGGACCCGCAUGAUUCCUGUGAGUUGUUGAUGCUUUAUUGAUCACUGUAUACGUGGAGGUUGAUCUGCUGCAUUUAUUUCCACACCAUCUGUCUGAAUAGAUGCAUGCUCAUCAAGAUGGGUCUCCAUAGUUACCUUGGCCUGUUUGCCAAGCGGAACACGGGCUUCUAGGGAUACUGCUGAUGUGCACACGCGCUCUGUCUUCAUGUUUUCUCUUUUCUACUCACAUUACACAUUUGAUUAGGAAGGAACAGACUUACGCUAAAGACUGCUUGCUGCAGGAGGAAAUACAGACUUGCCCCAAAUGCCAUUCCAAAUGGUUUUCUGUUGUAGGGUACUGAUCUAUUUCAAAGGAGAUAAUGUGACGUUAUGGAAGGGCCUUCUGGUAGAUUGGUUGUCCCCCUUUUUUUUUUUAAUACAAUCUGUAUUUGCUGUCACCUGAAACUGACCCACAUGUAUUGUGACAACACACUGUAUAAUUUGUAUGUAAUGUAUUUAAUGUAAAAUUAUAUGACUAUAACAAACAA